AGCACUGUGUUGGCGCGGGAUCGUUCUCCACUCCUUUCAACAGAUAUGCUCCGGCAACUUGCUCGUAUACCUCCUGGUCAGCCGUUGUUCUUUCGUGAUCCACGGACUAUUGAUUGGUGGAUCACUGGCAAUUUGCCCUUCCCGCUAUUCCUCCUAGUCAGCUAUGUCUACGUCGUCAAGUACUUUGGACCGCGGUUCAUGAAGAACCGCAAGCCCAUGGACUUCCUCAAGCCUCUCAUCUUGGCCUACAACGGAACAAUGGUUACGACCAACGCAUUCUUCUGCUACAAAUUCCUCAUGGGAUCGUACAUCGGUGGCGGUUACAACUUAUUCUGUCAAGGAAUUGAUUUCAACGCCAGGGAUGAGGCUACAUUGCAGCGUUUGAGUCUGAUGUGGUUCUACGCGUGGGUGAGGGUUGCGGACUUCCUGGAUACGAUCUUCUUCGUGCUUCGCAAGAAGGACGCUCACGUCUCGCUGCUGCACGUGGCGCAUCACUGCAUGGUUGUCUUCGGGAGCUGGUACGGUUUGUCGUACGGAGCUGAUGGACAGUCCUUGUUCGGCAUUUGUCUGAAUAGUUUUGUUCAUGUGGUCAUGUACUCGUACUAUUUCCUGUCGCUUCUAGGGCCUUCUGCGCGCAAAUAUUUGUGGUGGAAGAAACAGUUGACGCAACUCCAGCUUGGACAGUUCUUUGUCGGUAUUCUGCAUGCUGUUAUACCUCUUUUUAUAGACUGCGGCUAUCCAGUUAUGCACAUCAUCAUUGCCUUCCCUCAGGGUGUUUUUUUCAUUGUGAUGUUUAUGAGGUUCUACUCACAUGCGUACCGGAACAGAGCGAGCAAAGUGCAGUGAAUAUACUUGGUUUUGAGAAACGGAGUAAAACAUUCAGUGAACAGCGCGCAAGCAGUUCAAGAAUCCAUAACUUUAAAGUGCCACAAGAAGGCCCUAAGAGUUUUCACCACACUUUUAUUGCGAGCCUUAUGAAUUGCGUUUGCUGCCUAAUGUAUAUAUAUAUAUGAAUAGAUGAAUAAAUCAACGAGCCUUAAGA